UUCAUGCCACUGCAUUUCACUGAGAGUGUGCAAAGACAUGACACAACUCAGGACAUUUGACCGCUGGAUUAUGAAAAUGUCACGUUCUUGCUCUCUGGCUGUUGCCAUCCUGGUCUUUGCUGGAGGGUGGUGUCUGUGUGCAGCUAAUGUUGGGGAGUUCACUCCAUGCCUGCAGUCCUUCUACAGGUCCUGGCCUCCUAAAGGUCUGGAGGGGACCCCCAUCUGCCAGCGUUUCAACAACCAGUAUCGAUUUGCCACCUUGUACAGUCGCCCACGCCGCUCUCCGUGGUUCUCAGCCUAUUUAUACAGACCACCAGUGGGAAAGAGACCUUCAGCAAAUUGGAAGUUUGAGCCACAGUUAACCUACCCAGGAGCUGAUGGCAACAUGAUCCCCUUCCCUCCUGGCCCUCCAGACCAGAACGUGAUGGAGAGUCAGGCAGUUAAUCUGGACUACAUCAAUUCCACCUACUCUCGUGGCCACUUAAACCCCAGCCUUCACCACCAGAGCCAUGAGGACCGCUCCGCCACCUUCACCCUGACUAAUGUGGUCCCUCAGAAGGCAGGCUCUAAUGACGGGCCCUGGGAGAUCCUGGAGCAAACUGUCAACCAUACCUUAUCAGCCUACUGUCUUGGAGAUGCUUACAUAGUGACUGGCAUCAUCCCUUACCGGACUGACGACCACUGGCUGAAGAAUCAUCGUGUGGCCGUGCCGGAGUACAUGUGGUCAGCCUACUGCUGCCCAAAGUACAACAACAGUCUUCCAGAGGAAUUGAAGAACACCUUCCCCACAUACGCUGCUAUCGGCCGCAACGACCCCAACAGCACCGAGGAGAUUGUGCCUGUUAACAAGUCGGCUAAGACACAGUUCAGGGGAUAUGAUGUGAGGCAGAUGCCACUGCAAACACUUGAGAUGUAUCUCAAGGACAGGUUCAAUACUGUCGUCAGUGUUUUUUAUGAGCUGUGCUCUGGAUCAGACUGAUCCUGCACAUAUACAAUAAUUAGAUUGUUGAAGUGUUCGUGCUAAUUUCAUUUUAUUGACUAAUUAUAAGUGAAAAGUCUUUUCUCAACAGAUUCUCCUAGGAAAAUGACAAAAUACAUCAUUUGACAGGUUUAGGCAGAAAAACUACUUGUUCAUUAGGAUUGGGAAAGAUUGUGGUUAUGGUAAAAAUAAACCAACACUGCAGCUCUUAGAUCAAGGGAGAGCCAGACUUUUCCCAUCAUGCACUUUCCCAUCAUGCAAUUCUUGCAGUCAGUGAAGAGGGACUGCGGCACCUAACUCCAAAAACUGCAUCUGCCUUUAGAUUUGCCUAAAUUUGCAUGACAUCAGAGCAACUCGAGAUCAAGUCAGACAAAAAAUGUACCAUCAUGCAUUGUGCAGUGUUCACCUGUGAAUUCUGCACAGGCCUAGCUCAUCUGAACCAACUAACAGAAACUGGAUCUGAAGACUUAAGAUUAGAAUCUUUACAUACCACACACUAAUGAUUUUAUCUGCCAACUGUCAACAACAACUGACCCAGACUGGAACAGACCUGGUCCAACUUGGUCCCAUUAAGAUCAAAUCUUCAUGAUCGGCUCAACAGUCGUAAAGUCUGGAAUGACAAAACUAGCUUAGCCUAGCAUUAAGACUGGAAAUGUGGGCAUACAGCUAGCUUGGCUUUCUCCAAAGAUGUCAAAAUUCAACUACCACUGCAUCUAAAACUCACUAACAUGUUGUGUCUAUUUAACCAAGAAUAUAAAAACAACUAUUUCUUGGUCCAGUGCAGUGACUUCCUGGAAUGUUGUUCCCAGCAACUGCACAUAACCUUCCAUAACACCUUUAUUUGUUGUUUUAACACCUUGGUUUUUGUAUGAAAUGAAACAAACAAAAUUUAACAUGUUAGGUUUUACUUUUGCACAGAGCCAGGCUAGCUGUUUCCCCUGGUCCUAGUCUCUAUGCUAAGCUAACAGGCUGCUGGUUGUAGCCUUGUAUUUAACAGACAGACAUGAGAGUGGCAACGAUCUUCUCAUCUAAGUCUCGGCAAGGAAGCCAACCUAAAACAGACAAAGUUGGUGUGGAAAAGCAACACUUAACUCAUGGAAAAAAGCUAAGUAAAACUCAGUGAAAUGGUUAUGGUGAUGCUUCCACUGCAGAUUCGCAGCUGGGCAUGAACCAAUUAACAAUACUGACCACUAGAUGGUGUCCUUGUGCAAUACAUGCAGCUGGUGGAUAUGAGUUUGAGCCAGCUUCUUGUGACUGUGCACUGCAACUGGAAGGAAUUUUUCUUAAAGUUUCAUCUCGGCAGAAUCCAUUCCUUAUUCAUAAAAACAUCAGACCUCACUAUAGUGUGAGUCAGUUAGCCUUUUAUCUUAUGAUUUCCUAAAUAAUGUAUAUGAAUCACACUUUAAUUGACUGAUUUUUAUAAAGCACUGGUGUUGGAGGCUUUCUGAAGAUGAAAACAUAAAAGUACAUGAUGGUAAAAAUUAUAUUUGUGCUUCAAAU